GUCCACAUGUAAAAGAGAAGCCAAAGAAUUACUGUUCAUCUCUCAUAUAAAAUCUACUAGUGUUCAUUGUUCCUUGAUACUUUACAGUAAAGAGAAUCCAGCUAAUCAGAGUGCCUUCCUAGAAAUAAGAUUGGUGACUUAGUGUUUAACACUUCUGAGGAUGACUCUGUUUUGUUGUGAAAACUUUUAAAGUAAAAUUGCCCCUGAUACAGUUUCUCAUGUUUCAUAUAUAGGAUCACCAAAAUUUUUUGAGACUGCUCACAGAGACCGAAAACUGGCUCUAUGAAGAAGGAGAGGACCAAGCUAAACAAGCAUAUGUUGACAAGUUGGAAGAAUUAAUGAAAAUUGGCACUCCAGUUAAAGUUCGGUUUCAAGAAGCUGAGGAACGACCAAAAAUGUUUGAAGAACUGGGACAGGGACUGCAGCACUAUGCCAAGAUAGCUGCAGACUUCAGAAAUAACGAUGAGAAAUAUAAUCAUAUUGAUGAGUCUGAGAUGAAAAAGGUUGAGAAGUCUGUUAAUGAAGUGAUGGAGUGGAUGAAUAAUAUCAUGAAUGCUCAGGCUAAAAAGAGUCUUGAUCAAGAUCCAGUUGUACGUGCUCAGGAAAUUAAAGCAAAAAUAAAGGAGUUGAAUAACACUUGUGAACCCGUCGUAACACAACCCAAGCCAAAAAUUGAAUCACCCAAGCUGGAAAGAACUCCAAAUGGCCCAAAUAUUGAUAAAAAGGAAGAAGAUUUAGAAGGCAAAGAAAAUUUUGGUGCUGAGCCUCCACAUCAGAAUGGAGAAUGUUACCCAAACGAGAAGAGUUCCAUUAAUAUGGACUUGGACUAGAUAACAUUACAUUGGCGUAGUCCUUCAAUGAAUAAAAUAUUUUUGCCAUAGUAUGUGAUUCUACAUAACAUACUGAGACUAUUUAUAUUUUCUUUUUUAAGGAUGUUUAGAAAUUUUGUGUAUUAUAUGGAAAGAGAAAAAAGCUUAAGUCUGUAGUCUUUAUGAUCCUAAAAGGGAAAAUUGCCUUGGUAACUUUCAGAUUCCUGUGGAAUUGUGAAUUCAUACUAAGCUUCUGUGCAGUAUUACCAUUUGCAUCACUGAGGAUGAAACUGACUUUUGUCUUUUGGAGAAAAGAAAACAAACUGUACUGCUUGUUCAAGAGGGCUGUGAUUAAAAUCUUGAAGCAUUUGCUCCUGCCAAGGUAGUUUUCUUGCAUUUUGCUCUCCAUUUCAGCAUGUGUGUGGGUGUGGCUGUUUAUAAACAAGACUAAGUCUGAUUUCAUAAGGGCUUUCUAAUAUUAAUUCUGUCCAAUAGAAUAUGACUUUUUGCUUUGAUAUUAAAAAUCAACGAGUAAAGCAAAAGCUAGUGAAAUGUGUUAGCAGCAUGCAGAACAAAAACUUUCAACUGUAUCUCCUGUCAUACAGUACAUUGUCAUGUGAAGGUGUAAAUUGGAAGAAAUGUUGAUUCUGUUUGUAACUGAUAUUGUGAAGCCUUUUAUGAGCUUUAAAAUAAAGUUCAUCUUAUGGUGUCAUUUCUAAA